AUGGUCGAAACUAUUCCCCCGGACCUCGAGCGAGGCAUCCGGAAACUUAUGGAGGCGCUCGAGUCCCUGUGUCCGCCCAAGGUGUGUAGGAAGGGCGAGACGAUGACGGUCUUCUUCGAGAGCUGGGACCAGGAGGAUGAGGCCGACGACGACGGCAUCGAGGAGCUCGUGCAGCGCGAGCUCGAGGCGUUGGCCACCGACCUCGGGGACACCAACGAGGAGGGGCUGGACCACGACCAGGCCGAGGCGGUCGAGAAGGCGGCGGUCCAGCUCUCGGAGUUGCCGGAGGCGCUCGCUACAGUACGGCAGGCCCGGGACAGCCUCAGGAAGGGCGGCUCCUCGAGCUCUGGGGGCGCUGCGGUGGCACCUCCACAGCGGUCUGGACGCGGGCGGGGCCGGUCCAUUGCUGGCAGGAAGCCAGGACGUCGAGGCAAGUUUCAGCCGAUCAAGGACACCCUCGACAAGCGCAAGAAGAACUCUCAGUGCCGCGUGUGCGAUGGUUGGGGUCACUGGGCUGGCGACCCAGAGUGUCCAGGAGCACGGGAGGUUCAAGAAGUGACGGCUGGAGUUGACCUCGACGACGACGGGAUGGAGAAUUUGGCAAUAGAGAUGGCAUUCCCCCUCGCCGUGCUGCAGAACACGGUGGUCGUGGGCCCGUCCCCGAUGCAUAAGAAGGGCGCAGUCGACUCGGCUUGCGCCAGGAGCGUGAUGGGCACCCUGUGGUGGGAUGACUACUAUGGGCACUUGAAGGCACUUGGCCUCGACAAGCUUGUGACCUUCGAGUCUGUGCACGAGAAUUUCAAGUUCGGAGAUGGCGGUACGAAAGACUCAGAUACUCAGGUGAAGUUCCCAGUGGCGGCGGCGAAGGUACCCCACUUCAUCAAGGCGACCUGCUGGAGAUUCCAGGAUAGGUCUACUGGACACUACAUGUUGGAAUUGAAUCCCGACGCCUACCAUGUGCUGCGCAGCCACUCCCGGGACAAGAAUGUCACCGACGAGUUGCCCAGGAGGCUCCGACCGAGGACAACAGGUGUCAAGGCGGCGUCGAGGAUCAUGGCUCUUGUGUGUGGAGCUCAGGCGGCCACCCCGACCUGCGGUCAAGGUCUCGGCCCGGCCGCGGAAGCAGUCAAGGGGGUCACCAGUGUCAGCCAGACCCAGAACCUCGAGAAGGAGCAGAAUCUCGCAGGGAUCACGAAGGCGAAGACCCUGCAAGACCACAACGUGAGCACGAACAAGGUGAAGAAGCUGAUCCAGCUCGAGCAUGCAGAUCAGGUACAUGGGCAGGCAGUUGCAGCUAUCAGACGAGGACGCCCAAGGAACUACAGCCUGUUCGAGCUGGCGUGCGAGCCCAAUAGUUUGCUAGGGAGAGAGUUCAACGCCACUGGAAGGGAUCGAGCCUUCCGAGUACACCUACCCCAGUGCGACCUGCGCAGGAAGCAGACUGUCGAGGGCAUUCUCGUGAAGAUCAUGAAGGAGAAGAAGCUCGGCAGGAUACCAGUGGUUUCGAUCAGUAUCCCGUGCACUCCGUGGUGUACUUACCAGCGGCCUUGGAAUUCCAGGACGCUGGCUCAACGAGUUCGAUUGAGGAUGGCCCGACAGGACAACAGUAAUAUUCUACGUAACAUACUUUGGCUUUUGAAAGAGUUGCGGCCUCAUGCCAUACCGACGGGAUUCGAGCUACCCUUCGUAAGUGACAUAUGGAAUGAUAGAUACAUGCCGAAGGAGCUUUUUCAUAUUCAACAGAUUAUUGGACUACGAGCUGUGUUUGACGGUUGUCGGUACGGCAUCAAGACCAGUAAGGGCAAGCCCAUUCGGAAGAGGUUCAAGGUCCUGACCAAGCACCAGCCUAUCGUCGAGAAGCUCUACGAGAAGUGCGAUGGGACGCACGUCCACGCGAAGGUGUUUGGCGGGAAGGACCUCAACCAGACUGGCUGUUACACCGUCUCGCUCGUGAAGGACAUCGCCUCAGGACUGCGAACAGUUCGACGUGGCUACGAUGUCCUGCCGGUGGCCCACGACACGGAGGUCACUGCCCGCGCCAAGGCGGUCCUCGACGCGAUGGACCCGGCGGAGCGAGUGGUCAAGCUGGUGCACACCAUCACCGGCCAUCCGACCAGCGCUAGCCUUGCUAGGGCCAUUCGGUUGCAGGGUGGCUCGGCUAAGGCGAUCGCUGCAGCGGAGGCGCACCGCUGUCCUGAUUGUGAGAGGCGGAAGCCUCCUGACAUCUCCACGCCGGCGGACCUGAGGUCCAAGUUCCGCGAGUUCGGCGAUGGAGUGGCUACCGAUCUGAUGACCCUCGCCGACAUCAAGGGCCACCAGGCUCAGCUCCAGAACAACGUCGACAUGGCCACCACCUUCCAGCUAGUGGCCCCGCAGGCGGCUCGGCCUUCGAGCCACAACUUCAGCAUCGGAGAUCAAGUCUUUUACUGGCGUGGCCUGAACAAGGCCAAGAAGAUGUGGAACUUCAAGUGGCAUGGUCCCAGGGUUUUCAUCGGCUACAAGGGGAACAACGUCUGGGUUUCGCAUAGGAAUGCCACCCUCAAGUGCUCCCCGAAGCACAUACGGCCUGCGCUUCCAGAGGAGUGCGUGCCCUGGAAUGAGAUUUUCGACGCUCUGGCCCACGAUAACGAGCCCGAGUUCCAGGAGGACACGCCCUACAUGGAGGACCCCCCGGGGACCGACACCGACUACUAUGACAUGACUGCCGACGACGAGGAGAUCCCAGGUCCUACCCAUACUUACCCUACUGCAGGACGGCGUCAGACUGGGAAGCGGCCUGGACAGUUUGGCUACCGUCGCGAGGGUACGGCCGAGGAGGAGACCCCAGGGCCCCCACCCGAUUUCGAUGCCACUUUGGGCCCUGAUCAGUUGGCCGACCCCGAGGCGAAGCGACCACGCUUUGCUCCCGAGCCCGAGUCCGAGACCCCAGUGGAGAUGCCGCCAGCACAGCCGCGGCAUCCAGAUCACGACCCGGUCCCAGUGGAGCCCGAGGCGCCCUGCGAGCAGCCGAUGACCGACCAGGAGCAGCACCAGCGGGCGCACUCCAGUCAGGUCCCGGACGCCUUCGACCCAGACCUGUACGAGCAGGAGCCCGAGACUCCGUGGGUCCACCAGGGCGCACCCGACCUCGACGAGGACCUCGACGUGGACGAGAUCGGCAAGUCACCAAGAAGCCCAGGGUUGACGAGCAUCAUGGAGCUCUCUCUGAAGGAGUCGGUCGACUUCGACUACUCCAACCUCUACUCGACCAGGUUCAGGCGCGUGGACCUCGUGGGCAAGUCGAGGAGCAAGGAGCUGACCAUCAGGAACCUGACUGGCGGCAACCAGGUCAAGAUGAGGAAGGCUAUGGCUUCUGAAUGGGACAAGUGGCUGGCAUUCAAUGCAGUACGGUUUUGUUCCAGGGAGGAGCUCGCCCAGCUCAAGCGGAAGAAGCCACAGCUAAAGGUUGUUGGUACCAGAUUUGCUUUGACGGAGAAGGACACCGACACCUUCAAGGCGAGGCUCGUGGUGCAAGGAUGUCAGGAGAACGACCUGGGCAUUCGUACGGACGCUCUGACCGGGAGCCGCGACGCAUUCUGGCUUACGGCGGGGUUUGCAGCACAACAUGGUUGGGAUGGCGCUUUCUUCGAUGCCGAGAGUGCUUAUUUGCAAGCAGAGGGUAUGGACCGAGACCUGACGAUCAAGAUGUCGAUGGAGAAUCCUCCCCCAGGCACUGUCCCAGGACAGAUCUUCUUCGCGACGGGUAGCAUCUACGGCGCGAAGGACGCUGGCAGAGCCUGGUAUUCGUAUUUGAAGUCAGUUCUCAGCGGAUCUCACAUCCAUGAAAGCAAGUUGGAGCGAGGUUGGUACUACUUGGCUCACCAGGGUGAGAUCAUACUGGUCAUCCACUCCUACGUUGAUGACAUGUUCUUUGCCUGGAAGCAGUCCAACACCUACGUCCUCAAGAUCAUGCCGGAGCUCGAGAAGCGCCUGCACCUUGCCAAGAAGGUUGGCGACGUCGACUACCUUGGUACGAGGGUGCAGAUGACGCUGGGGUUUAUCAACGUGACCCAGGAGAAGGCGAUCAGGGCGAUCGAGCACAUACCCAUUCACGAGAACCGCACGAAGAUGCCCGAGUCUCGUCCAGAUGCAGCUUGCAACCAGAACUUGGCAGCCCAGCGCAUCAGCAAGCUCAAGGUCCAGGACCUCAUCAACCUCAACCAGCUGGUCACCGAGCUCAAGCAGAAUCCGACACUGGGACUGGUGUUCUACGGUGACUCCGCCUUCGCCAACGCCGAGGGCGAGAGGUCGCAGUGCGGUCUCGUCGGGGGCCUGACUCACAAGCCUGAGGAGGUUGCCCAAGGAACGUUUAGCGAGUUGAUUCCGCUUACAUGGUGCUCUGGACGUGUCCCGAGGGUGGUGCGAAGCACCCUCAGUGCAGAGGCCUAUGAUAUCAGUGAGGCAUCCGAGUACGCCGAGUGGUACCGCCAGGUGCUGACGGAGCUGAAGAUGGCGGCGAAGCUUGGAGGCCCACCGAAGCUGAAGGACGUGGAGCGGCAAGCCGACAACAUCAAGAUGACGACCUUCACGGACAGCAAGAAUCUCGAGGAGACAGUGGAAAAGGACGCCGGAGUCGUGCAGGAAACACGGUUGAGGAUCGUGGUCAGCAUGCUGAGGGAGACUUUUGCACCUACGGCUUCGAUUUUGAGGUGGAUUCUGACCCACACGAUGGUCACGGAUGCCCUCACCAAGGUGAUGCAUGCGGGCAUGCUGAUGGCCUUCAUGUCCGGCCGUGACGUCAAGUUCUCGGCCCCAGCUCCCAAGUCGAAGAAGCUCGUCCCGCUGCUGACGUUGGCCACCAGAGCCAUUCCAGGAGCCAGCUUCGACCUCUGGCCGAUGGAGCGGACGAGCAACGAUCGACACAGCCAAGACCUUACCAUCGUGCAGUCGUGCAGCCGGGAAGGAUAUGCAGUGAGUUGGUUGUACUAUUUGCAGGGUGUGGCUUUUGGAAUCAUGCUUACUCUUGUCUGUAUGAUGGUAUAUGUGGUUAUGCAGAAGAUGUUGUCUUUGCAGUCUGGCACGCCGGAGGCAGACCGGCAGAUGGAGACGAUGAUGGUCAGACCGGCCAUGCAGCGCAAGACGCAGCAGGUCGACUACCCUAUGCAGUUCAAGACGCAGCAGGUCGACUGUCCCAUGGAUAUCAAGAUCAAACCCAAGCACGGGAAGGACGUGGGUCACAUGAUCCAGGUCAGGGAUGUGAUGACGAUGAGUCAGACUACGUACGUGAGGGGUUUCGCGCCUGGUCCGAGGCGCCACAAACCAGUCCACAAUUUCGAGGGAUAUGUGUUUUGUGGACAGCCUUACGAUCGUGUGAGCACUCCGUGA